UUGGCCAAUGGUGUAGUGACAAAGGUGGAGCGGACCCUCGAGGCUGCCCAGGACCCUGCCUCACUAAAUAUUCACGAGGGAGGCGGGUCGACGCCACCGCACGCCCGGGCCGGCGCCAUGAAGCUCAACGUGGACGGGCUGCUGGUGUACUUCCCGUACGACUACAUCUACCCGGAGCAGUUUUCCUACAUGCGGGAGCUCAAACGCACGCUGGACGCCAAGGGUCAUGGAGUCCUGGAGAUGCCCUCAGGCACUGGGAAGACAGUGUCCCUGUUGGCCUUGAUCAUAGCAUACCAGCGGGCAUAUCCGCUGGAGGUGACCAAACUCAUCUACUGCUCAAGGACUGUGCCAGAGAUUGAGAAGGUGAUUGAAGAGCUUCGCAAAUUGCUCAACUUCUACGAGAAGCAGGAGGGCGAGAAGCUGCCAUUUUUGGGUCUGGCUCUGAGCUCCCGCAAAAACCUGUGUGUUCACCCUGAGGUGACACCCUUGCGCUUUGGGAAGGAUGUUGAUGGGAAAUGCCACAGCCUCACAGCCUCCUACGUGCGAGCACAGUACCAGCAGGAUGCUAGCCUGCCCCACUGCCGCUUCUAUGAGGAAUUCGAUGCCCAUGGGCGUCAGGUGCCCCUCUCUGCUGGCAUCUACAACCUGGAUGACCUGAAGACCCUGGGGCGACGCCAGGGCUGGUGCCCAUACUUUCUGGCCCGAUACUCGAUCCUGCAUGCCAACGUGGUGGUUUAUAGCUACCACUACCUCUUGGACCCCAAGAUUGCAGACCUGGUGUCCAAGGAACUGGCCCGCAAGGCUGUUGUGGUCUUUGAUGAGGCCCACAACAUCGACAAUGUCUGCAUCGACUCCAUGAGUGUUAACCUCACACGCAGGAUCCUCGAUCGGUGCCAGGGCAACCUGGAGACCCUGCAGAAGACAGUACUCAGGAUCAAGGAGACGGAUGAGCAGCGUCUGCGGGACGAGUACCGGCGCCUUGUGGAGGGACUGCGAGAGGCCAGUGCUGCUCGGGAGACCGAUGCCCACCUGGCCAACCCUGUGCUACCUGAUGAGGUGCUACAGGAGGCUGUGCCUGGCUCCAUUCGCACAGCUGAGCACUUCCUGGGCUUCCUACGGCGGCUACUAGAGUAUGUCAAGUGGCGGCUGCGCGUGCAGCACGUGGUGCAGGAGAGCCCACCUGCCUUCCUGAGUGGCCUGGCCCAGCGCGUGUGCAUCCAGCGCAAGCCCCUUAGAUUCUGUGCUGAACGCCUCCGCUCCCUCCUGCACACCUUGGAGAUCACCGACCUUGCUGACUUCUCCCCCCUCACCCUCCUUGCUAACUUUGCCACCCUUGUCAGCACCUACGCUAAGGGCUUUACCAUCAUCAUCGAGCCCUUUGACGAUAGGACUCCAACCAUUGCCAACCCCAUAUUGCACUUCAGCUGCAUGGACGCCUCACUGGCCAUCAAACCUGUGUUUGAGCGCUUCCAGUCUGUCAUCAUCACAUCGGGGACACUGUCCCCACUGGACAUCUACCCCAAGAUCUUGGACUUCCACCCUGUCACCAUGGCAACUUUUACCAUGACGCUGGCCCGUGUCUGCCUCUGCCCCAUGAUCAUCGGCCGUGGCAAUGACCAGGUGGCUAUCAGCUCCAAAUUUGAGACCAGGGAAGAUAUUGCGGUGAUCCGGAACUACGGAAACCUUCUUCUGGAGAUGUCUGCAGUGGUCCCUGAUGGCAUUGUGGCCUUCUUCACCAGUUACCAGUACAUGGAGAGCACUGUGGCCUCUUGGUAUGAGCAGGGCAUCCUUGAAAAUAUCCAAAGGAACAAGCUGUUGUUUAUUGAGACCCAAGAUGGGGCUGAGACCAGCGUCGCCCUGGAGAAGUACCAGGAAGCCUGUGAGAAUGGACGUGGGGCCAUCCUGCUGUCAGUGGCCCGGGGCAAAGUGUCUGAGGGAAUUGACUUUGGUGAGUGGACCAGGCUCUCCCCUCCCCAAGCACCGACAUGGAACUCUGUGGAGCAAUGCCCACCAUGCUGCCUGCUCCCUUGGGGGACCACCCACCCACAGCUGGGCAUGCUGAGGCUUCCCCUGCCCUCUGCCUGUGGGCACCCGGUGGGCACCCUCUCUCCCUAUUCAGCAUGUGAGGUCUCAGGCCUUCCCUCUCUGACCAGCCAGACCUCCCCUUCUCCCUCCUCUGCCCACCCAGUGCACCACUACGGGCGGGCUGUCAUCAUGUUUGGCGUCCCCUAUGUCUACACACAGAGCCGCAUUCUAAAGGCCCGGCUGGAGUACCUGCGGGACCAGUUCCAGAUCCGAGAGAAUGACUUCCUCACCUUUGACGCCAUGCGCCACGCAGCCCAGUGUGUGGGUCGUGCCAUCAGGGGCAAGACAGACUAUGGCCUUAUGGUCUUUGCUGACAAGCGUUUUGCCCGGGUGGACAAGCGGGGGAAGCUGCCCCGCUGGAUCCAGGAGCACCUCACAGAUGCCAACCUCAACCUGACUGUCGACGAGGGGGUCCAGGUCGCCAAGUACUUUCUGAGGCAGAUGGCACAGCCAUUCCAUCGGGAGGAUCAGCUGGGCCUAUCCCUGCUCAGCCUGGAGCAGCUGGAGUCAGAGGAGACUCUGCAGAGGAUAGAGCAGAUUGCUCAGCAGCUAUGAGCAUGGGGGCAGGGCAGGGCCAUAAAAGGUGUUCUGUUAACUCCU